AUUCUCAAUUAAAGAUGUUUGGUAAAAUGCUAGACAAUUAGUAAUUCAAAUAAAAGUGAAACAGCGAAAUUUGACGAGGGCCGUUAAUUAUGGCCAGGCUUAACUUUGCCAAGUACAAUUCAUCUCUGUGACAUCAGUAAUAAGUAGAGAACUGUCAGUCUAUUUAAAAAAUAAAAAAAAAUAAGAAGAGGAUGAGUAGAUAUUGAACGAGCAAGAAUAGGGUAAGAUUAAGCUGAGUUGGAUAAAAAAGUUUCAAAGCGUAAACCGCUUGGAACAAUGGUAUCAAGUAAGCACAGCUUGAAAGUCAUAUCCCUUGUAUAUCAUAACCUUUUGAAUCCUGUUAAGUUCAUUCGUAUAUUGCCUGCCUCUACUGUAAAUUUGGAUAGAAUUUAUUACUGCCUGAGAUUUGAUAAAACAACGACUGUACCUUCAAUAGACAUUCUUUUAUGCCACAUUAUAUUAUGUAUUUAAUCAUCGUUCGUUAGUUUUCUAAGAACAGCAAUGUUCAUCAAGAACUUAUUUAACAUUUAAUGCACCUCAUAUUUGGAGCUAGGUUGAUAUAAAUUCUCUACUUUCCAUGUACUUACUUCAAUGAUAAAAAUGUCGCUAUUUAUAGCUCUUUCAGAGCCGAUCUCUCACAUGCCGACCAGGGCUAUUGGGAGCUUAACUUAGGAUUCUUGAAUAAAUAAUAAAGUAGAAUCAGGCUAUAGAAAAACGCUUCAAGAGCUAUGGCUGGACAUUUCAACAUAGCAGUCAGACCUGAGAUUCGCUUAGACAGCAAGUGGCUCAAAACAGAUCUUCAACGUGCCCUGUGCCAAGAUGGGCUAGCUGAUGUAUGGAACGGAAUGGUUCGAGAUGGAGAAAUUAUUGGAUCGUUUAGCGAUGGUUUGAUUAAUUCAGCAGGAGUCACAGCAAGAAAAGGGGACAGCGGACAUUACUACUGCAAUUUAAGAGUAUUAUCAUGUCUCUGUUGUGAUGGAAUCUGUGGCCCACAAAGCGGAUGCAAUUGUGGGCCUUGCCAAAAGAUAGAUGCUGAGGAGGCAGCGCUCACAGCAGCUUUGUCAGAAAAUCGUAUUCCGGCACAAAGUGUUAUGGAUUCAUGGCUGUGGGGCCCCCAGCCUUCAGUAGCCGACUUAACAACUUGCAUCGAAUCUCUCAUUAGUGAACAAAGAACUCGUUGCUAUGAAGUAGCUAACAGUACAUUAUUUGCUACAAGAUUGAAGCAACGUUUAGUGGUUGCUCGAAGAUACUUCUCAGCUUUAUCACGCCAUAAACCACAUGAAACCAAAGAAAUUUCUUCUUCCAAAACACCAGUAAAGACCCAAAAAAUUGUCAAAACAUGUGAAACGGCCACAGUUGGUCUAGCUAGAGUUGGUUCACGAGCAGCUUUGAAUUUUUCAUUUGCAUUUUUACGACGUGCAUGGCGUUUGGGAGAAGAUGCCGAUUUAUGCAGUGAACUGUUGAAUGAAUCAUUGGAGGCUCUGCAAUGUUUACCAGAAGCAACUCUUUUUGAUGAAUCGAAUGUGUCAAGAGUGUGGCUAGAAGUUGUUGAAAGAUCUGCAAAAUUCUUACGUCAAGUAGUAACUGGGGAUGUUGUCACUGGAAAAUCAUGGUGUCCAGUCCCUGUAUCGGAUCAACAUACUGCUCUCUGUCUAUUACUAGAACUUGCGACGCAAAGAGGCACAUUGUCUAGUCUAUUGGAUUCUGUUAUUUUGCUGCUACAUCUCAGUGGAAAAACAAAGCAUCAAGAUAAUCGUGUGAUGCUUUCUGGUACUUCAGCACCACUAAUUCCUCUACUUAGACGGUUAGAAGCUAUACCGCAGUCAAGACACACCGUGCAUGAGAAUAAUACCCCUGGACCUUGUGAAGUCUUGUUAAAAUAUUUGAGAUUACCAGACGAUGAUACUGUUGCUGUAGAUUUGCGUAAAGCUGCCGUGAUUAUCAUGUGUCAUCUGAGCCGCCUAGCUAGUCCGUUGCUUCCGCCUUCUAUGUCUGGGGGAUUCUCUAAAAAUCAAGCUCAGAUGUAUCAAGAGGUACUAGCAUGGGGCGGAGUCAAACUUGGCAGUGGUACAUCGCCAUAUUAUUGCGACAGUAUUGCGGAACUAGGAGUUAAACAACUAUGCUGUACUGAAAGAGCAUUGAUGACUUUGUCAUCUAAUGGAAAAGUUUAUAUGAUGCAUUAUGGUUCUGAUACGCAAUACCCUCAAAGGGUUUACGGAUUCUCUGAAGCACCCGUUAUAAUGAUUGCCUCACAUGCAGAUGGUAAACAUUAUCUGGCUCUCACUCAAGACAACUUAGUAUACUCAUGGGGCAAUGGAGAUGGCGGUAGACUUGGACAUGGUGACAAUGCUUCUUAUGACGAGCCGAAAAUUAUCGAAGCACUUAUCGAUAAAAAAAUAACGACAGUUGUUUGUGGUAGUACGUAUUCUGCUGCACUUUCCGCCAAUGGAGAUUUAUAUACCUGGGGACGGGGAAAUUAUGGAAGAUUGGGGCACGGGAAUUCUGAUGACAUCUCGGUUCCAACGUUGGUAGCUGCUCUAAGUGGCCACAAAGUUGUAAAUGUUGCAUGUGGCAGUGGUGAUUCACAGACCUUAUGCGUCACUGAUUCAGGAAUCGUAUUUUCAUGGGGUGACGGAGACUAUGGCAAACUCGGUAGAGGUGGUUCUGAUGGAAUAAAGACACCUAAAAUUGUCGACAAACUUUCAGACGUAAACGUUGUCAAAGUAUUUUGUGGAGGUCAGUUUUCUGCGGCUUUAACAGCCUAUGGAGAAGUUUAUACCUGGGGAAAAGGCGAUGCAUACCGUUUGGGGCAUGGUAACGAGGAACAUGUUAGAUUCCCAAAAUUAGUCGAAGGGUUAAAAGGUAAAAAGGUCAAGGAUUUAGCUGUUGGAAAUGUACACGUGUUGGCAUUGAUCGAAGAUCAAUUGGUAUAUGGAUGGGGCAGAAACGAUUAUGGGCAGAUUGCUCCCACUUCUGGCUCUACGGUACCAGAGCCCACUUUGUGCCCAGCAUUGACCGGAAAAAGCGUGAUAGGCUUGGUCUGUGGACCAACUCAAAGCUUUGCUUGGUCAAUGAGAUCUACAUGGUCAGUAGCAAGCAAAGUUGCCUUUGUGGUGGAUGUUCAAGAAGACACAUUUAAACUGUUGGAUACCUUAUUGGCUAAAUCUUGUGAGGGCUUACCUGGAACUCGACCACCGACACAAGACCGUGAAUGUCUAGCUGUAGCUGCUUUAAAUUUAUUGAGGCUACAACUCCACGCAAUGAUCAUACAUAACAUUGACAACAAAUCCGUUGGUCUUGGGUGCACCCAGUUAUUAAAUUCAUUAAAACAACGAUGUGUCAAUCUCGCUAGUGGAGCUGGAAUACUAGCAACAAUACAGGAGGCAGCUCAGGCAGUACUACAAACAGGGUGGAGUGUCCUUUUACCCACAGCCAAUGAACGGGCUAAAACGCUGUCUGGACUUUUACCAAAUGCAAAUGGCCUGGAGCAAUUAAAUACAAACAAAGGUCAACAGUUUAUGGCAGAUUUGCUAGUUUCAAGUUUGAUGGCUGACGGCGGAUUAGAAUUUGCUUUGAAAGCAGCUAUAAAGGCAGAGGUAAUAGAUGUUUCUGAUGAAAGUGAAUAUCCCAUAGUUUCAAAUGCAGCUAAGACUGGGGAGAGUAAACAAGCCAAAGAAUUUAAUUCAGAGAAGCAUGUUACAAUACCAUUGCUUCAGCUUGUGAAACAGUUGAUCAAAAAUGGAUCUUGUAUCUCACAAACUAAAUUUCAAACAUUACACCAAUCUUCGCGGAACGAAAAUGCCCCAAAACUUGACAAUUCACCCAGCCUUAAUUUAUUACUCAGAUUUCAACGCUUGUUAAUAGCUCAAAUGUACCAAUGCAUAUGCAAAAAUAACUCUGAUAGCUCCCAAGAUCAGGAGAUGCUAGGUGCUGAAUCUCUUUUGAAAAAAUACAUUUGCCAAGUUUGCAAUCAUGUAAUAGAAACAUUACCAUUUGCAACUGAAGCUGCUGGUACAAGUACCAAACAUUUUACUCAGGUAGCCUCAAUAAUAAAAGGAGACAUCAUACAUAUUUUGCUCCCAGAGUUGAUCAUCUGUUUGAUUUUACUUCAAGUCGAUUAUCCGAUGCUAUUACGCAAUAUGAACUGGAUGGAGAUUCUGUCUCCUAUUCUGGAUAUUUUAGAUAAAUUUAACAGACUGGCGCCAACAUUUGAAAAAGAUGAUGCAGAUGACUUGUCAUGGCCAGGUAUCAUCGCACCUCAGCAUGGAACUAAAAUACCUAUUCAAGAUGAACCUUCUCUAAUCAGAUGGGCAGAUCUGGAAAAUCACAAUCGCGAUGGCGGCCUGUGGAUAGUCAUACACAACAAGGUCUAUGACGUUCAAGAUUUCAGGUACGAAGGUGCUUGUACGCCAGAAAUGCUCCAAAGAUUUGCUGGUAGAGAUGCAACUGCGACAUUUUUGAGCACUCCUCAUUCCCAUGUAGCGCAUAAUAUGAUGGACUCAUAUUUUGUCGGCCAUUACUGUCAAGCUGAAACUAAUGACACCCAGUUCACCAUCGAGGAAAUGAAUGUUUGUUCUUGCCUUCUCGACACUGAGAGAUCUCUCAGCCUUCUGCUAGGACUGCAUGCUCACAGAAUGCGCCAAAGCUUAUCCAUACAACCUGCAGAAGAAGAAGCUGGCGCAUGGGUUAAUGCUAACUUUCUUCGGGGAGGCCUACAAAUCCUACAACCACCGAAUCCAUAUGAAGAAGAAAAAGGUGAAGCGAGAAGUAAUAAUUCAACGGCGGCUAAUUCACCUACUGAACCGCCGCUACCGAUUUGUACCAAAGACGAACCCCAAAAAUUAACCGCUGAUAGAGUAGCUGCGUUUAUUCAAGCUCUUGCAGAAGCACAUAAAACCGAUACAUUCGUUCAAACCUUUUUGUCCAUAGUUGAGAGGUACAGUAAAGCAAACAAUUUGCUAUCACACGUCGAUUUUUGCGGUGAUCACCCGGUUGAAGAAAUAGGAAGACUUCUGAUGGCGGUCAUGAUAAAACAUCUCGCCCUAGGAUAUCAAGUGAUUGCAUUAGUUGACCAAGAAUUGACGGAUGGAAAUGCUAAGUUAACAAAACCCAUAAUAGAUGUGAUAAAAAAUAUUCAUCAAACAAAGUGGAAUUUGAUUAGAUCCAGGCAGUUGCAAAAUAGAAGCUACAAAGAAGUUUGUGCACCAGCGCAAGAAAAGUGCAGGUUUUUAUUAUAUGAAGUUAGACCUGCCACGAGCUAUGAAGUUAAAGCUUUACAGGACUUGAAACUUUUGUAUACAGUUCCGAAAUUUAAGAAAACUGUGAAAUCAUUAUUGUUGGACCUACGUAAAAACAAAGACUCAUUAGCCAAACCAGAAGAUAUCGUCAAUACUUCCAUUCAGAAUGCGGAAGCUAAAAACAAAUCUGACGAAGAUUUAUCUCCAAAAACUGGAGCAUCCAUUGCAAUAAUUCCACCUAAAUCACAAGAUACUUCAGUUUCAACUAAACUAAUCAUGCAGUCAAUCGAUAAAGUUAAGUCUAGACCAUUAGUCAUUGACUCAAGUGAGUUAAUGACAAGUAUCAUCAACUUUACAGUAACUGAAGAAGGUGGUGAUGUCGAAACACUGCGAAGAGCAAUGUAUUGUCAGGUUCAGCGAGUUAAAAUGCGAGAGAGGGGCAUACUGAUGAUACAAGAGCUAUUGAAGAAGGAUUAUCUAAUUACAUCUGUGAAAUACCCUUUACUUAAUGGUUGGCUUGGACUGAUCCACGAUGACAAGAAUCGUGUCCCAGAAGUCACCCAUUGCUUAAGUAACAUUCAGCUUGUAACUCCUUAUCAAAAAUCAAAGGUGAUAUUGGCAGAGUCAGAGGUGACCAGUUGGGCAAUUCGAACAUUGAGAGAACACAUUGUGCAAACUGAGUUAAAAUACAAAUCUAAAGCUGAUGGCAAAAGUAGCUUGAAUCAGGGGACUUACACCUGGCUCAGGAAGUUACCACGGGCGAGAUUCCUGCUCACAAUUUUGGGCAUGGUCACUGGUUAUCAACACGCUAAUGAAAUCGGUUUAUUAGUGAACUCUGGGUUAUUGUCCAGCAUUCUUACAUUGCUUAGACAAAUUGGGCCUUCAUUGCAAAAUCAGAUGCUGAAACCUAAGGAUUUAAUUGCCAUCUAUGAAGACUCUAUUCAAAAGACCAAAACUCCUGCAGUGACAUUAAGUGGACCAGAAUUAGCUGUUCUAAUGGAAAUUGGGACAAGAGUUGUGCGUGGCAUAGAUUGGAAGUGGGGUGAUCAGGAUGGCCCUCCACCUGGUGAAGGCAGAGUUGUUGGGGAAUUGGGCGAGGAUGGUUGGAUUCGAGUUCAGUGGGACAAUGGGAAUACUAACUCUUACCGGAUGGGCAAGGAGGGUAAAUAUGACUUGAAAUUAGCUGAGCCACCCACACCACCUGACAGCGAUACGGACAGCGAAUCUCCUUUGGAUACAAACAAAACUGACCGAGAUGGCAUCGGUGAUCUACAUCCAACAAUGUACCUUAAAUCUGCAUCGGUUAGUUUACUUCAAAUAAUAUUACUUUCUUGUGGAAUAGAGGCGAGCCGAGUUCAGCCAUCCGCAAUCAAGCUUUUUUCGUCGGGAAUCCGGGAAAUUAUAGCAGCUACUAAUAAAUCAGAUUCUAGCACUCGGACUUUAUUGGCAAAAGAUCACCAUGAAAAUUGGGCAAGCCUGGGUUUACUAAGAGCUGUAGCGAACUCGCCAAUUUUGUGCAGAGCAUUGAGUACUCCUCCGUGGAUUGAUUUGUUUUUGAGUAUGAUUGAAGAAAAAAAUAACACUGCAUUGCAGAAGCAAAUCAUGAUAGUGAGGUUGUUGAAGGUUUUGUUACCUGCGUGGCCUGUGGACAGCACAGAGAUGAUACCAUUUUUGGAGAAAGUAUUCAAGUUAUUGGGACAAAUCGCUCUAAUGACUGAAAUACGACCAAAUUCCGAACUUCGCAUAAAUAAAUGUCGUGUUUCUCUGACUGCUACACAUAAUUCAACGAUAGCUGAAGAACUGAUCUCACUUAUACGUAGCUUACAUUCUCUACCAGGAUGGAAUGCUGCUCUAAAUACUCUACUUACAGCAAAACUUGCUUUGGCUUCUGAUCUUCUGAACGAUGGACCCUUAUUCCACAUUCAGAUGAAUGAAAAUGAUGGUGAAAAUAGCCUCGCGAUACAACAAACUGUCAUAGCAUCUCUCUCAGUUAUCGGUGGAUUGGAUAACAAGCCAAGGAUUGGGGGACUGGUAGACAUAGAAGGACAAAUAGGAACAAUCUGUAAAAUCACACAACAUUCAAAGUUAUUAGUACAAAUACAUGAGAGUGGACAACAGAAGAAAGUUAUGUUGUCAGCCAUAAAGAGUAUCAAUGAACAAUUCCAUUUGGACCGAAUGAUCAUGACGGAAUCCUUACUGAUGACUUGGGCUAAUUUGCUUUUAGGUCAUUGCGCAAUAGACAGACGACCCGGUGCGAGCCCAGUCAUAGCCGGUGUCAUCAAUGCAUCGGUACUCCGUACCCAGCAACAACAAUUAGCAGCUCUCAAUGCUGGAAAAGCUUUACUUACACAUCAAAGUCUAUUAAGGCGCGUUUUAAAAUGUGCUAUUGCUGAAAAUGAGGAUGAUCAAACCGUUCUUCUACAAGAGAUGCUAAUACGAGCCACUAAACCGCAACCUUUAAAACCAAUAUUUUCCCGCGAGGAACUAGAGGCAGCUGCCUUAGCAGUUUCCCAAUACUUAGCAUCUGAAUUAAAACAUUCGCCCAUUCUGCUUACUGGACUGGCAUCAGACCCUACUACACCAACAUCCGAAUGUUCCCUAGCAUCUCUAACAUCGAGUCAACAGAAGCACUGUAAAGGUGGUGGAAAAAAGAAUUACCCUUGUCCCAGCCCUUUAGUGACUCAACUAGUUGAAAUGGGAUUUCAUAAGAAAAGUGCUGAAUUGGCCAUUAAAAGCUUAAGUAUUGCCGAAGCAAAUAUUACCCCAGAAACUGUUGUAGGCUGGCUACUGGAAAAUCCUGAUACUACUUGUAGUGAUACGGAAACCGUAUCAAGCGCCGAUGUCUUAUCAGAUUCUGAUGGCUCUACAAGUGAAGAAGUGGAGGAUACUACCUCAGCACAUGAAACAGGUGCAGUUCCUCCACAAGCUUAUAUGCAGCGUGCUGAUUUUUUGUCAGUAGAUGAAUACGCUAUCUACAUUCGUGAUAACGUCACAGCUGGUAUGUUUGUGCGGUGCUGCAAGCGUUAUGAAGAAGUGGCUUACGGAGAUGUUGGGCAAGUAGUCAAAAUUGACCCAGAAGGAUUGCAUGAUCUAAAUGUGCAAGUAGCAUGGCAACGAAAGGGUAGCACUUAUUGGGUCAGAUUCAUACAUAUUGAAUUAUUAGGACAUCCGCCUAGCUUACCUGGACUACCAGCAUUAAAAGUUGGCGAUAAAGUACGAGUUAAACCAGCUGUUGCCAUACCCAAAUACAAAUGGGGCUCCGUUAAUCAUCACUGCAUUGGUGUAGUGACCGGAAUUAUCAACAAUGGAAAUGAUGUAACUGUUGACUUUCCACAACAAAGUAGCUGGACUGGUUGUGCUGCAGAAAUGGAGAGAGUUCCAUCGUACCAUCAUGCUGUCUCUUGCGAUUCUUGUCAUCUAUCUCCAAUUUCUGGACCAAGGUUCAAAUGUAAACCGUGCGAAAAUUAUAACUUGUGCGAGAAUUGCUUCUAUACAAAACGAUCACAUAGGCAUGGGUUUAAUAGAAUCGCUGAACCAGGUUCUGCUGCUGUUUAUGCUGGAAAACCAGGGCGAUAUCACAGACAAGACUUGACCGAACCAUCAUUGAUAGAAAACUGGUCUAGAUGUAUCAGUACUCUGAGUGUAUCUUCUCGAGAAACAUGGGCUAAUAGACUGGUGGAUGGUUCUGGAAAAUAUUGGCAGAGUUGUGGAUCUAAAGGAAAACACUGGAUUCGAUUAGAAAUGCUUCCUGGAAUUUUAAUUCAUUCUUUAAAAAUAACUGUAAACCCAGAAGACAGUAGUUACAUGCCAUCUGUUAUAUUAGUUAGCGCAGGAGAUUCGUUUUCGAGUCUACUAGAGCUUACUACAAUCACUGUGCGUAAUGCUGAUACAGUUGUUACUUUGAUUCAGGAUUUGAGAGAAUACUAUGCCUGUAUUGAAAUAUCGAUAAAACAAUGUCGAAAUGGAGGCAUAGAUUGCAAGAUACAUGCUUUGCAUAUUGUGGGACGGAAGAAAAUAUUUGAAAAUCAACUAGCAACAUCAGUUUCAUUUUUGGCAUCUGACUGGGAAGCUGUACAAGAACAACCAACAACUCAACGCACAGGAGAUGUACGUCAACAUUCAGCUGUUUAUGUCUGGGGGCUGAAUGAUAAAGAUCAGCUUGGCGGAUUGAAAGGAUCCAAGGUCAAACUCCCAGUGUACAGUGAGGUAUUAUCACAAUUGAAGCCGAUUCAUGUUGCCGGUGGUAGCAAAACAUUAUUUAUUGUUAGUCAAGAAGGAAAACUGUAUGCCUGUGGCGAAGGUACGAACGGCAGACUUGGAUUGGGAGAUGAUAAUAAUGUCAAUGAACCAAGACCCAUACCGUUUUUGAGUCAGUAUGUGAUCAAAAAAGUUGCGGUACAUUCAGGAAGUAAACAUGCAUUGGCAUUGACAAUGGGCGGAAAAGUAUUUUCAUGGGGCGAAGGUGAAGAUGGAAAAUUGGGGCAUGGUAAUCAUUUAUCUCUACACAAACCAAGACUCAUCGAAGCUCUGAAAUCUAAGAGGAUCAGAGAUGUAGCGUGUGGAUCAGGACACUCAGCUGCAAUAGCAAGUAAUGGAGAAUUGUAUACUUGGGGCCUGGGGGAAUACGGAAGAUUGGGUCAUGGUGACACAAAUUCUCAACUUAGGCCUAAAUUAGUUGAAGCACUGGUAGGACGAAGGGUCAUUCAAGUUGCUUGUGGAAGCAGAGAUGCGCAAACAAUGGCACUAACUGAAGACGGCUCUGUUUAUUCCUGGGGUGAUGGAGAUUUUGGGAAACUAGGACGCGGAGGAAGUGAUGAAUGUUACACACCUUUGCUUGUUGACAGACUGAAUGGCUUGGGAGUUGUACAAAUUGAAUGUGGUGCACAGUUCUCAUUGGCUUUAACUAAAUAUGGUGAAGUCUGGACAUGGGGCAAAGGAGACUACUUCCGUUUGGGGCAUGGAAAUGAUCAUCACAUUAGAAAACCGACUAUUGUCGAAGGCCUUCGUGGUAAAAUAGUCGUUCACGUAGCCGUAGGCGCCUUGCAUUGUUUGGCUGUAACAGACACUGGACAAGUUUAUGCGUGGGGAGAUAAUGAUCAUGGGCAGCAAGGCAAUGGCACAACAGUCGUCAACCGGAAACCUUCUUUGGUACAUGGCUUAGAAGAUGCUAAGGUCAAUAGAGUUGCCUGUGGUUCUAGUCACAGCAUUGCAUGGGUGCUUACUGAUCAACCUGCUACUAGUAAUCAAGAACCAGUGACAUUUACAACCGACAAAGAUCCUCUGGGUCAGGCUACUUUAGGUUUCCUCGAUCUGGUUGAGUCAAAUACCAAUGCCAUUUCAAAAGCUUCCAGGCCGUCUUUGUCACAUAUUAUACUCUCGUUGGAAAGCAAUGUUGCCAAACAGCAAGCACUCCAACAUGUUAUAAACGCCCUCAACAUUAUGCAAGCAAGAUCUGCUGUUGUUAUUGCUUUGCACAGUCAUAGUACUCUGGCAUCAUGUGGACCAAUGUCAAGUCCAGACACUCCUCCGGAGGCAACAAUGAGCUCCAGCAUAGGACAUACACACACAGUGUAUCAAAAUGUUGGUGAAAUAGCCCAGGGUGGGGGCGAGGCACCGGCAAAUGUUGCAGAAGUGGCAAAUAUUGUUACAAGUACCAGAGCUACACCCGAAUCUGAAGAAUGUCCUUUAGCUGCAUUUCCUUCUAUGUCUAGUUCAGCAAGUUUAUCAUCCAAAGCUUCAAAAAUGUCGACAAGUGCAAUGAGUGUUAUUGCUGCAACAUUAACAUCAAACGCCCAAGUCGUAGGUGAUGGAAAUACAACUGAACCAGGCUUAGACGAGUUCACGUCAACAUUAACGGAAGAUGAUGCAAGGAUGUUGGUCGAUCUGUUGAAAUUAGCGGUGGCAAACAGAAUUUGCGAUGCCGCUAAAGAAACCAUUUCAUCAGUCUUAGUGGCAUUGGGUAAUGCCAAUCAUCAAAUAGCCAAUAUGCUGCUGGAACUGUGUGUGACAGAAUUGGAGGACAUUGCUGCUAAUUCCAACUCACUAAAUAUGACACCACAAAUUGUUAUGCAAGAAACACCACAUCCUUAUAUCGAUGAUACAACAUUGGGGGGCCAUGUAAAAAUCCCUGGAGCCGAAGCACUAAGAGUAGAAUUUGACCGGCAAUGCUCAACAGAGAGAAGACAUGAUCCAUUGACCAUCAUGGAUUCUACAGGCCGGGUACUGGCGAUUAAAUCUGGUCGGGAGUGGAGCGAGUGGGCGACCGAAGUUCGAGUUCAAGGUGACGAGCUGCGAUGGAGAUUUUCAUCGGAUGGCUCGGUCAAUGGAUGGGGUUGGCGGUUCACUGUACACCCUGUUUUGGCCACAUUGGCACCUCAUGAACUGGGCUCAGACCGAGCUGUACUAUCUCAACCUUCAAUAGCUUUGGCUGAGUGUUUACUUGGCAAUAGUUUAAUAAGCACCGAUAGGCACAUCGUUACAAGGCUAGCUGCUACAUUAGCACAAUGCAGCCAACUAAGUAUUUUAACAGCCCCACAGAGAAUGUGGGCAUUGAAAAAGUUGCAGGUCGUAUAUUUAAGUGGACCUGGUAUUCGACCGGAAGAUACUUUAUCAACAUUAUUGGAUUCCUUGCCUCAAGCUUUGUUAAGACAGUAUGAAUAUGAGGAUCCUGCGGUAAGAGGUGGCAAACAAUUGAUGCACAGUGACUUCUUCAAAGUACUCAUAGCUUUGGCUUGCGACUUGGAAUUAGAUGCGAUGCAAUGUUGUUCGGAAGUGCAUAAGUGGUCGUGGUUCAGAAGAUACUGUCUUGCAGCCAGAGUAGCCAAGGCACUGAUACGCAGAACACCAUUGCCUAAGCCAUUUUGUCUUGAAGUGACUAAAAGAAUCAAUGAAAUGACUACUGAAGGAGAUGGAACUGCAAGAGACCAUGAAAAUCAUGAUUUUUUCAAACAAGAACAUGAUGAACAACUCCUCUUAUGGCUCAACAGAAGGCCUGAAGAUUGGGCUUUAUCAUGGGAUGGAUCUGCGGCUAUUUAUGGCUGGGGUCAUAAUCAUAGAGGGCAAUUAGGAAGUUUGGAAGGUGCUAAGAUCAAACUCCCAUCUCCGUGUGAAAGCUUAUCUGCAUUACGUCCUGUACAACUGGCUGGAGGUGAACAAACGCUGAUGGCAGUAACAGCAGAUGGCAAAGUUUAUGCAACUGGAUUUGGUGCUGUUGGAAGAUUAGGAAUUGGUGGUACAGACUCAGUGCAGAUACCAACAUUAUUAGAAUCCAUUCAACAUAUAUUUGUUAAAAAAGUUGCUGUGAAUUCUGGAGGUAAACAUAGCUUAGCUCUAAGUUCAGAGGGUCAUGUUUAUUCAUGGGGGGAAGGUGAUGAUGGAAAAUUAGGACAUGGCAAUAGAGUAUCUUACGACAGACCAAAAUUAAUUGAGUCAUUACUUGGCGUGGAAAUUGUUGAUAUCGCUUGUGGGGGACAUCAUAGUGCAGCUAUUACCAAUGCUGGCUGGCUAUAUACUUGGGGAAAAGGAAGAUAUGGUCGCCUGGGCCAUGGUGACAGCGAUGAUCAACUCAAACCAAAAUUAGUAUCAGCAUUGCAGGGUUACAAAGUAGUUGAUGUGGCAUGUGGUAGCGGUGAUGCCCAAACUCUCUGCGUUACUGACGAUGAUACUGUUUGGAGUUGGGGCGACGGUGACUAUGGUAAACUGGGCAGAGGUGGAAGUGAAGGCUGCAAAGUGCCAAUGAAAAUUGAAUCUCUAGCUGGCUUGGGCGUUAUAAAAGUUGAAUGCGGCAGUCAAUUUUCAGUCGCAUUGACAAGAUCUGGAUCGGUAUACACGUGGGGUAAAGGUGACUAUCAUCGCUUAGGUCAUGGUACAGGUGACCAUGUACGCAGUCCACGUAAAGUCGCAGCUUUACAAGGAAAGAAAAUUAUCUCAAUCGAUACUGGCUCCCUCCAUUGUGUGGCAUGCUCUGAUAAAGGAGAAGUUUUCACCUGGGGUGACAACGAUGAAGGACAGCUGGGUGAUGGGACAACAAAUGCUCUACAGAGACCCCGGCUUGUCCAUGCUUUACAAGGGAAAAAAAUAACCCGCGUAGCAUGUGGAAGUGCUCACACCUUAGCGUGGAGUACAACUAAAGCUACCCAGAGCCGACUGCCAGCUACAACUCCCAUGGAAUAUGAUGUUGUACAAGACUUACCAUUCUCUGCAUUACACAAUCGAUUAGUAUUGUUACAUCAUUUUGCUGAAUUGCUGUGUCCGUCUUUAGCUAUGUUCCAAACAACGGGACCAACUGGAUUAAAUAAGUUGGCCCCAAUGCUAGUCUAUAGUAUUAAAGAAGCUACAUUCCGAAAAGUUGUCCAAGCUACAAUGGUCAGAGACAGACCCCAUGGACCGGUCAUUGAAUUAAAUCGAAUUCAGGUGAAAAGAGCUAGAAGAAAAGGAGGUCUUGCUGGACCGGAUGGAAUAAAAUCCGUGUUUGGGCAAAUGGUUUCUAAGAUGCCGUUACUAACACAGGAUGUUCUGUUCCUGCCACACAGAGUCUGGAAAGUCAAAUUCGUCGGUGAAAGUGUCGACGACUGCGGGGGAGGAUACAGUGAAAGUAUAGCAGAAAUGUGCGAUGAGCUACAAAAUGGAUCAUUGCCUCUACUUAUUCCCACUCCUAAUGGUCGAGAGGAUAAUGGAACUAACAGGGAUUGUUUUUUGCUCAAUCCCACGGCUACUAGCGAUCUACAUAUCAAUAUGUUCCAGUUUUUGGGAAUUUUGAUCGGAAUUGCCAUCAGAACAGGAAGUCCUCUGAGUUUAAAUCUAGCGGAACCUGUUUGGAAACAGCUAGCUGGAAUUAGCCUAACGCCUGCUGACCUCACCGAGGUGGAUCGAGAUUACGUUCCUGGACUACUGUGUAUUCGGGAUAUGGAUCCAGACGAGAAAGUCUUUCAAACCUUAGAAAUGCCAUUUUCAACACCAUCGGCAGUUGGCAUCGACGUUCCAUUAUCAAAUAGAUAUCGGAAAAUAACUCCUGAAAACAGACACGAGUACGUCAGAUUAGCCUUGAAUUACAGGCUUCAUGAAUUUGACACACAAGUAGCUGCAGUAAGAGAAGGCAUGUCGAAAGUGGUGCCUGUGCCUCUUCUGGCAUUAUUUAGUGGAGCGGAAUUAGAAACAAUGGUCUGUGGAAGUCCAGACAUCCCACUGAGUUUGCUGAAAUCAGUUGCAACUUAUAAGGGUGUAGAUGGAUCAGCACCUCUGAUUCAGUGGUUCUGGGAAGUUAUGGAAGAAUUUUCGAAUCAAGAAAGAUCGCUCUUUCUAAGGUUCGUUUGGGGCAGAACCAGGUUGCCACGCACAAUUGCAGAUUUUAGAGGCAGAGAUUUUGUGUUACAGGUGCUUGACAAAUACAGUCCUCCUGAUCAUUUCCUCCCAGAGAGUCACACGUGUUUCUUCUUAUUGAAAAUGCCAAGAUAUUCUUGCAAGCCAGUAUUACGCCAAAAAUUGAAGUAUGCCAUACAUUUUUGUAAAAGUAUAGACACAGAUGAAUAUGCACGAGUUCAGGCAGCUACAAAUUCAGACAUAGAAGAUACGGACAGUAUUGCCAGCGAAGAGCAUACAUCUUAAUAAUAUAUCGAUGCUGGAAAUUGUAAUUUACCUGACAUAAACAUAAUAUGAAAAAAGCUUAAGCAAAGCUGGAAAUUGUUACAUAGCAAUUUUCGAAGUAAAUUAUUCGUUCUAUUUGUUUUAUGAUAUUUCGGGUUAUAGAAAUUGUUUGUGAUGUGUUAAAUAAAAUUAAUUGUGAUAUAUGUGUA